ACACACACGCACUCAGAUCAAAAUGCCUUUUGUUCCCGUGGAAACCCCCAAGUGCCCCGCGUGCGGAAAGUCGGUCUACGCCGCCGAGGAGCGCGUUGCCGGAGGCUACAAAUUCCACAAGACCUGCUUCAAGUGCAGCAUGUGCAACAAGGCCCUGGACUCGACCAACUGCACGGAGCACGAGAAGGAGCUUUUCUGCAAAAACUGCCAUGGUCGCAAAUACGGUCCUAAGGGAUACGGUUUCGGUGGUGGUGCCGGCUGCCUGUCCACGGACACUGGCGCCCACUUAAACAGAGAAUUUGUUGCGCCGAAGAUUCCACCAAAAGCACCCGAUGGGUUGGGCUGUCCGAGGUGUGGCAUAUAUGUUUAUGCUGCCGAGCAAAUGUUGGCCAGAGGAAAGGGCUACCAUCGGAGAUGCUUCAAGUGCGUGCAAUGCAAUAAGACCUUGGACUCAACUCUUCACUGUGAUGGUCCAGACAAGGACAUUUACUGCAGAGGAUGUUAUGCUCAGAAGUUUGGUGCUAGGGGCUAUGGACACAUUGGCAUUUCCUCCUUGGGGCUAAUGUCUGAUAUCAAGGACUGCGAAUGGCAAAGCGAUAUGGCUCCGAAAGCCUCUGUCAUAAAUGUCGAGCAAAUUCAGGCACCUCUGGGCGAAGGAUGUCCCCGUUGUGGUGGCGUUGUCUUCGCCGCCGAACAGGUCCUUUCGAAAGGAAGACCCUGGCACCGGAAGUGCUUCAAAUGUCGGGAUUGCACCAAAACUCUGGACUCCAUUAUCGCGUGCGAUGGUCCGGACAAUGAGGUAUACUGCAAGACUUGCUAUGGCAAAAAGUGGGGACCCCACGGAUACGGCUUCGCCUGUGGCUCCAGUUUCCUGCAAACCGAUGGCAUUACUGAAGAGAACUUGGGAUCCGAGCGACCAUUUGUGGCUCCGGAUACUACUUCGAUCAUGGCUCCUGAUGGCGAGGGAUGUCCUCGCUGCGGUGGUGCAGUUUUCGCUGCCGAGUUGCAGCUGUCCAAGGGAAAGAUGUGGCACAGGAAGUGCUUCAACUGUGCCAGGUGCACUCGUCCUCUGGACUCCGUGCUCGCCUGUGAUGGUCCCGAUGAUAAUAUCUACUGUAAACUCUGCUACGCGAAGUUGUACGGCCCCAAGGGAUUCGGAUACGGACACACGCCCACUCUGGUGUCCACCAACUACGAGUACACGCCCAGCUGCUGGGGAACCAUCGAUCGCAAUGGACAAAAGUCGGAGACUGGAUGUCCCCGGUGCGGAUUUAUGGUUUUCGCAGCCGAGCAGAUGAAGAGCAAGAAUAAUGUGUGGCACAAGCUGUGCUUUUACUGCAUGGAGUGCCGAAAGUAUCUGGAUUCGACAAAUUUGAACGACGGCCCCGAUGGCGGUAUAUAUUGCCGAUCGUGCUAUGGAAAAUUCUACGGACCAAAGGGCGUGGGCUAUGGAAUCGGUGCGGGCACAUUGACAAUGGCCUAAAAUUUCGACCAAAAAAGCGCGUUCAAGAACUGGACCCCCAAUAUGCAAUAAGCUCCAAAAUUCAUAUUAGGGCCUUCCAGCUUUUGAACGCCCACAUUUUUGAGGCUGACGAGUAGCUGUAGUAUUGCAAUUCCACGAAAAAUAUUUAUAUUAGCUCCAAAAAACAACGACAUUUACUAAUGAAUGUGUAAAAGGCGAUUAAAUGAGUGGUGAUUAGUUUAAAAAUUGUAUAUGUUAGACUCGAAAAUAAGUACAGAAAAAGCAUUCUGACCUCCGACUGAAUCUUCAUGGCGUAACUAGCCAAAACGAAACCUCCCA